UUGACACAGCCAGAACAGACCGAUAGAUAAGCCGACAGACGACCUCGCGAGAGACAGUGCAGUAAACAAAAUUAUUCUAUCUUUUGCGUAAGGCAAAACUCUUCCAUUAGUUAGAUAUCGAAUUCAAGCAAACGCAGCGAAGUUGAUUUAGUUCAAUUAAACAAUCACAAUCGAAUACUACGAUCAUUCCAACCUAGAACAAUCUAGUCAUUCGUCGUCGUGCAAUAUACACAUAAGCUGAUAAGAAUAGCCCACCGACUGUAUUAGGUUCUAGGUGCUACUGUUGGUUCAGAGAGUUUCUUAGGAGUCUUUUGUAAUCACAUUCAGAGAUAGGACAUCCAUCGAAGAUGACUGCCGAUUUGGAGCUAAUCAAGAAACACAUAGGAGAGUACCCCGACUUUCCCAAGAAGGGAAUUCUGUUCAAGGACAUCUUCACCGCCCUGCGGAGUGGUCCGGUAUGUCAAGCUCUCAAACGCAUGAUAAUCGCACACAUCCGCUCGACCUGCCCGGAUGUCGAGGUGGUGGUAGGCCUCGAAGCUCGAGGGUUCCUCUUCAGUUUGAUGAUUGCGGCUGAGUUGGGAAUCGCGUGCGUUCCGAUUCGUAAGAAAGGAAAAUUACCUGGCGAGUGUGUGAAGUACGAGUACAAACUAGAGUAUGGAACGGAUGUGUUCGAGAUCCAACAGGGUAGUAUAUUGCCAGGUCAGAAGGUGCUAAUCAUUGAUGACCUGCUCGCAACGGGAGGAACGAUGGACGCUGCAAAUAAACUGGUGCAGCAGAUUGGUGGCGUGGUCGAGCAGAAUUUGGUCAUCAUUGAGCUGACAACGUUGGGAGGGCGCAAGAAAUUGCAAGCUUCCGGGUUUAAUGUACAUUCCUUUAUCCACUAUGACGAUGUCGAAUAGCAUAUAAGCCGUGACAUAGGAGUUUUGCCACUAGAAACUUCUGCCAUGGGGUUUUACCUUUAAUGUUCAAUCCACAUGUUCUGUUAUUUUGUUCAAUUUUAUUGUUGAAUCGAUGGUUUUUUAUGUUGAAAUAAAAUUGUAUCUACUAUA